AUGUCAUCGAAGCUAGAAGCGAUCCUGCCCAAAUUCAAGGGUGCGCACUUGAGACAGCUCGCUUCCCUAUGCGGCGAAAAGACUUCGGGCAGAAAGUCGGACCUCGUCGACCGCCUCGUCGCCUUGAGUCACGCAGCGCGUCCGGCCAAACCGCCCAACAAGGCCAACAAAGACUCGCGACUUAUUCUGAGCAUGGACAUGGGCAUACGCAACCUAGGCUAUAGCCUCAUAGCCCCCGCCGCGCCGUCCAAAGUCCUCUCGCCUGCGGCUCUGACUGCCGACGACUUGCGCCGACCGCCGCGUGUCCACCUCCACGCGUGGCAGCGGCGGGAGCUCCUAGAGCCGUCGUUGGACGGACUCGAGGACCCCGAGCGUUAUAGCCCGGCCUCCCUCGCCAUCGCGACGGACCGGCUGGUGCGUCAAGACCUGUUACCUCUCCAACCGACGCACGUGCUCAUCGAGCGGCAGCGAUGGCGCAGCGGCGGCGCCGCAGCAGUUCAGGAAUGGACGCUCCGCGUCAACACGCUCGAGGCCAUGCUCCACGCGUCGCUGCGUACGCUGCGGGAACUAGGGCAUUGGAACGGCGAGGUGGUGUCCGUGUUACCCGACAGGGUCACGCGAUUCUGGCCUCCGCCGCCGACCGUGUCCGAGGAGACUCCAAAGACGAGAAGGAGCCGGUCCGCUAAAGCGGUCGAUGGAGAGACCCGAAAGGCAGCCAAGUCGCCGCAGAACAGCAAGAAGUAUAAGAUUGGCGUUCUGACGGGCUGGUUAGCGAUGAAAGGGAAAAGCGAGAUUAUCCUACCUGCGAAUCAUGAUGCAGAGGACGCUGUUAGGUGGUUCCGUUCGAAGCUAACUCGCUCUCGAAAGAAAUCGAGCGAUGCUGAGGACUCGAUUCGCGAUGCCGGUCCACGAAAACUCGACGACUUAACUGAUUGUUUCUUGCAAGGUGCGGCGUGGCUGAAGUGGGAGGAGAACAAGGCUAUCCUCCUUAGAGAAGAAGCGUUAAUAAGGAUCCUAGAAGAGAAGCUCUUGGAUGAACUGGAAGUUGACACAUUGCUUGAUGACGUAUAA